GCGGAGGGGAGGGGUCGCGCCGGGGGCCGGCGGAGCUGCUUUGGCUGCGGCGGCAGCAGGAGACGGAGCGAGCCUGGCGGCCACGGGCAAACCCGGAGGGAACGGAGGAAGCGGUCAUGUCUCGCUACACGAGGCCCCCCAACACCUCCCUGUUCGUCAGGAACGUCGCGGACGCCACCAGAGUUCCAGAAUCAAAGCCAAGUCUGAUGUUGUUGGUUCUGCGUCUCUUAUAAAGUCCAUCUUGCAAGCCCUAAAGAAUAAAGGUCAAGGUUCAAGAUCAAGUGACAUUGAGCUAGUCAUAUUUGAAGAUGUUCGUGAUGCUGAAGAUGCUCUUUAUAACCUCAAUAGAAAGUGGGUAUGUGGCCGUCAGAUUGAAAUACAGUUUGCACAAGGUGAUCGCAAAACACCAGGCCAAAUGAAAUCAAAAGAACGUCACCCUUGUUCUCCAAGUGAUCAUAGGAGAUCAAGAAGCCCCAGCCAAAGGAGAACUCGAAGUAGGAGUUCUUCAUGGGGAAGAAAUAGGAGGCGGUCUGAUAGCCUUAAAGAGUCCCGACACAGGCGAUUUUCUUACAGCCAGUCUAAAUCUCGCUCCAAAUCACUACCAAGGCGAUCUACCUCAGCAAGGCAGUCAAGAACCCCAAGAAGGAAUUCUGGUUCUAGAGGACGGUCAAGGUCCAAGUCCUUGCAAAAAAGGUCCAAGUCGAUAGGAAAAUCACAAUCAAGCUCACCUCAAAAGCAGACUAGCUCAGGAACAAAAUCAAGAUCACAUGGAAGACAUUCUGACUCCAUAGCAAGAUCCCCAUGUAAAUCUCCCAGAGGGUAUACCAAUUCUGAAACUAAAGCACAAACAGCAAAACACUCUCAUUUUCGAUCGCAUUCCAGAUCUCGGAGUUACCGUCAUAAAAACAGUUGGUGAACAGCAACAGAAGAGUGCUACGUAGUAUUUAAUAUGUUAUUAAACCUCUUGUUAUGUUAAAUAAAAAUGCUUCAAGGCUUACAGAAAAAGUGAGUUGAUAUUAGUUACUUUGGGCAUGUGCAAGAGAUAAAAUCUCUCUAGCUUGGGUUAAGAUUUGGUCUCGAUUUAAGGGCCCAUACCACAAAUUAUGAUGUGAGUAAUGUCCCAUCUUAUGGACCAUUUUUUGUUUACAUUGUGGCAGAAGGGUACUUCUCAAAGGAAAUGGAUAAAAUGGAACUAAUUUGGACAAUCAGACUUGGAUGUUAAGUAUUAAUAAUACUAAUAACUUUUACAAAAGUAUUUUUUACUUUAAAGCACUUUUCUUUCAUGUAAAAAGUAAUUAUAACUGUAUAAUCGCAUAGGGCAAACUUAAGACUAUUUGACAUCUUACGUCUCCUUUUUGUUUUCUCUUUAAACUUGGGCCAAUUCCUGAUGGAUAUUAGUUCAUAUUAGAAAAUUCUGACAUUUCUAUAAGUAGAGUUUAUAGAGAGAUCAAGCGUUCAAAAGAUACAUUCCUGAGCUCAAAAAAGGUUUUAUUUUUACUGGGUG